AUGUACAGAAUAACAUAUAAAUCAGAAAAGAAAGUUUCAGUGGACAGCAGGGUCAUUCUUGAGGGUCUACAGAGGUAUGGCCCCAUGCCCAUCUAUCUGCCUGCCAACUACCAUAUUCUCAAUGCAGACUCAGCCUUCUUCCUGCAGGAGGCCAACCAGGACUUGAUGAGGAACUCCAGCCUGCAGGCCCGUACAGAGUCCUUUUUCAUCCACAAGGCACGUCAGAUGCCUUACAUUAAUGCCAGCUAUGGGCCACUGUCGGUCCAGCAGCCUGUCCCUCUGGAGCUUCUACAGACCUCACCAGGGCCCUUCAACACACCCUCUUUUACAUCACCAUCAUCCACAUCAUCUAUACCAGCAUCUCCUCUUUUUACAUUUAACUGGAAGGUCCAUGCCUACAUUAUUAGCGAGAGGAUCCAUCCUAGCUGGCCCAAGGUCCAGGUGUUGUUCUAUGUUGUAGGCAGGGACUGGGAUGAUUACAGCACCGUACACAAGCUGCCCUGCGUCAGGAUGUUUGCCUUUCACGAGACACAAGAGGUGCGUGGGACAUGCAGACUUAAAGGUGAGCUUGGGAUAUGCGUUGCUGAAUUGGAGCCUCUCGCCAGCUGGUUCAGCCCUCCUACUGUCAGACCGGGUAGGCAGAGGGUCUCUGACCAGGCCAUGGGCACCCCCGUGGAGCUCUACUACAUGGUUCAGUCCACUGAUAGCGGCGAUUGCAACUCAGAGGAUACACGGAAAGGCGGUUCAAUUCAUACAAAUCAGCAGCGACCCAUAGGCUACUUUGCGGGGCCUACACCGAUGCAGCGCAUUGGGAGUGUCAGGCUGUUCCAACCACUUACAGAGUUGAAGCUGGACAGCAACUUUGUGGUGAUGGUGCCCUCCAAACCCAUCCGGCAGAGAGAAACAGUCUCUACCUUUCUGGCUCUAUCUACCCUCUCCUCAGUGCAGAUUUUCACCCUUAGGGUCAAGCUGAAGGAUGGCGUGGCAUUCUUGGGGGCCAGGGCCAGCAACCCGGUCGUGUGGACAGUGAGUCAGGAUGUCAGAAGUGAAGGUCACAGGAUUGUAACCCUCCACUGUCGCAGGAAGGACAGCAGCUUCAGUCAGAGGGCAGAGGCAGCAGGCUACCAGCGGGUGCUGCAGGUGGACUUGGAGGUGAACGGACUGAUGGUCCCGCAGGGUGGCAGGGAAGUGACGUGGCAGGUGGAGUACCCGCUAACCCGCACCCUCACCACCGAGGUUCAAACUUUCAUCCGCCUGGCGCCGCAGGACCUGGGGGGCAUUGUACCCUUAGCCAUGGACACUGAGAUCCUCAACACAGCUGUGCUCACUGGGCGUACUGUCGCUGUGCCGGUCAAGGUAGUCACCGUGGGAACAGACGGAGCGGUCUCUGAUGUAACCGAGUCAGUGGAAUGCAAGUCAACAGAUGAAGACGUUGUCAAGGUGUCGGAGCGCUGUGACUAUGUGUAUGUGAAUGGGAAGGAGACGAGGGGCCGAAGCAGGGUAUUGCUCAACUUCACCUACAGUUUCCUGAGUGCCCAGCUGGAGAUGAGUGUGUGGAUGCCCCGCCUGCCCCUGCUCAUCGAUGUGGCCGACCCAGAGUUAAGCCAGAUCAAGGGAUGGAGGGUCCCUGUUACUCCUAGCAGCAGGAGGUAUGAGAGGGUGAGUGAUUACAGGGGUGAUGAUGAUAAAGAGGACAAGGAGGAGAGGACAGACAUCAGCUGUGUGGCCCAGUACCAGAGCACCACCAUGCGGGUCCUUACACACUUCGUGGCUGACACCGGCAAAGAAACUGAAGGGGGAGCAGUGGAGGAGGACGUGUUGGGCCAACAGGACCUCCUGCUGGGCAGCGAUUGGCAGGUGGAUGUGACCCAGCUGGUUCAGGAUUCGCUGAAGGUGGAGGACCCAACGAUUGCCAGACUGCUGGAGGGACAAAUUCUUACUGGGCUGACUGCUGGCACCACCAACCUACAGGUGCUGUCCCCUUUGUCGUCGUCGGUCCUGGCCGAGAGGAGCAUCAGCGUGCUGGAUGACAAAGUGAGUGUGACAGAGUUGGGGGUGCAGCUGGUGUCUGGACUCUCCCUGUCCCUGCAGCUCAGCCCGGGCAGCAACAGGGCCAUCGUCGCCACCGCCACCACACAGGAAGUCAUGAAAACUCUCAGACAGGAGUCCCUCAUUAGUGCCUGGCUUCAGUUCAGCGAUGGCUCCAUGACCCCUCUGGACAACUACAACCCUGCUCACUUUAUCAUCUCAGCCACAUCACUGGAUGAACAGGUGGUGGCAGUGCAGCAUAAUGUUGAAUGGAAGUGGCCCGUCAUUGUCGCUAAGGGGGAAGGUCAGGGUCUGUUAGUCCGUGUGGAAAUGAGCCCGUCCGAGGUGUGCCAGAAGGGAAAACGACGGACUGUUUUGGCUGCUGGAGUGGGCAACAUACGAGUAAGAUUUGGCCGUUCCGAGGAGCCGUACCGCCAUCCAGGAGACCACCGAACCCGGCCUGAUCCCCCUUAUUAUGGUGGUUCUCUCUCUGACAUGGAGGCUGGGAUAAUGACCCGGGGGGCAACCACGGUCAAGGGCCAUGUACUAGCAAGACCUAAUGGAGGCCGUCUUUCAGCAGGUGGUGGGGUAGCCAUUCCAGGUGAAUUUUCGGAGUACCCAGAUCAGGCCGAACUGCCUCGGGGUCACAGUACUGAGGAGGACUUAUUGUCAUCCCGGCGGGGCCUUACAGACCUGGAGAUUGGCAUGUAUGCCCUACUGGGAGUGUUCUGUUUGGCCAUCCUUGUUUUUCUCAUCAACUGCAUCUCAUACGCCUAUAAAUACCGCAGUAAGCAACUGUCUCUUGAAGCACCCGAGACGAUGCCCCAUGCACAUGACUGGGUUUGGCUUGGCCAAGAAGAGGGCUUGUGCCUCCAGCAGCAGCAGGAUGAGUUGGGCUGUACCCUGGAGGAAGGUAGCCAGCUUCUUAAUGGAGGUGCCCAGCGCAGUGUCUCCAGUGCCCCGGGAGGGUACAGCUCAGGUGGGAGGGACCACAGAAAUGAAUCCCUUAACUCUCCCACCACCAAGAGGAAGAGGGUGAAGUUCACCACCUUUGCCAAUGUCAAGUCUAGUAAUGGAUGCCCAGUCCUCAGUCCGCUAGCGCUGGUGCAGACAAGUGAGAUAAAAUGGGUGUGUCCGGACAUUGAGCUGGGAGACUCGCAGGAUCUGCAGAACUACAUGGAAAGGCUGAACGAGAAUGCUACGAAGAACCUCGCGUAG